AUGGUUAUCGGGGAGGAGGUUGAAAAACUAGACAAGUUUGAAAAAGAUGCAUCUGAGGAUGAAAUAGACAAUGAGGUUGCAGUGGAAGAUGGCAAUGGUGAUGAAUUGGAAGAAAACGUGAAUGCCAUACCCGAGCCUGAUCAAGUAAAUGUGAAUGGUCGACUAGAGAAAGAGGAUGAAGAUGAUGGAUCACCUCAAGUUCAAGAACCCAGAAGAGAGGACACUCAACACUCUAGCUACAGACUAUCAGAGGACUCGGACCAUGUUAGAGGAAAUCUUUCGAAUGAGGAUGGGGGAGAGCCAUUUGGGGAUGCUCCACACUAUGAUCCAUAA